AUGACACGGAGAGAAGCUGCACUCAUAUUAGAGAUGCCCGAACGCGGCAUCACGAAAGAACUAUUACGAAAGAAGCACCGAUCGCUCAUGCUCCUGAACCACCCCGAUCGCGGCGGUAGCCCAUACCUUGCGACCAAGGUCAACGAAGCGAAAGAACUACUCGAGAAGGAGGUCAAGGGUUGA